CCCUGCCACAGAAGACAGAGCCACAAGUACAGUUACAGCCAGCAGCAGCAAAAGCACCAAAAUCAGCUAAAGAGGGAGCUAAGGGAGCAGCAACCGCAUUGAGCCAUAGUCUUAGCAGUAACAGUAGCAAUACUAACAGUAGUAAAAAAAUCCCGAGCAGUAGCAGUAGCCAUAGCAUUAGCCAAAAGCCAAAAGUUGUUAGCCAGACGCAAAUAAAAGACGCAAACGAAGACGGUCCAGGGAAGGAGAAAGACAACGACGUCGACGUCGACGAUAAGAGUGAUCAAAUAAUGUCACAACCACAAGUGAAACGAUUGAGUGUGCCACAAAAAAGAGGAUUCCGGCACCGAAAGCGGCGAGGAUUUGCGUUUGCUGGCCGCCGGGUUGCGUGAUACGCUGCAACAGCACAGCAGCGGGGCCAGCAACGAUGCAAAUCGCGGCCUGCUUCAAGAGGUCACCGAUGCACUCAGCCGCCUCGAGUGCUCCCUCAAAUUGGGCCAAGAGCUCGCCGUCGAUGGCGGUCAACGGCAGGCGUUGCUCUCGCUUAUAGCGCGCCUCCAGUGCGGUCUCAGCGCCCCCCCGAGAAGCUGGCAGACGGCGAAGCCGCUGCGGAUCAGCAUCGCGAUCGGGAGAGUCCCGAACAGGAGCAGGGGAGUCGACAGCGUUUCGCAAAGCGACGACAGCGCAGCAAUCGUCAUACAGUCGGUGUGAGUCGCGAGGAACUCGCCGAUGCUCGCCGCUACAUGGAAGACAUGCUGCUGCUGGAGCACAAGUCACAGCCGAGUGUUGCUGUGGUGCCGCCGCCACCGCAAUUGGCACCGCUGCCCCUGGAGCGCAACGCCAGCUCGGGUGCCAUUGUGGGUGCGCCUAGCACACAGCUGUAUAGGCCCAAUCAGUUUGUGCCGAAGGCACAACUCAAACCCCACAGCAGCAGCAACAGCAACAAUCGCCGACCGUUGUCGGGUGAUUAUGCCGUCAGCUUUUCGAACUAUCAAGCGGCAGCGGAACAACCGUCUGCUCCGCUGGACUCGAGUCAAGCGCCACGUUUCAAUGGUGCCAAAAAGCAGCUAAUGAAACGCGCCAAUACCAUCGAUAUACCCAAGGCCAAGGCCAAGUACAGUUCAGCGGAUUGUGACAGCGACUCGGAGUUGGACGAUCACAGUCGCAGCAGCAAUGCGGGACCGAAUCAGGGACUGAAGCGUGCGGUGCAAGUGAGCGUUAAGCGGCGUGUACAGCAUGUGGUGCCACCGUUUGAGCCCAAAACGGAGAACGAUCACAAGUUUCUGGCGUUCAUCAACAAGCAGAAUCAUCAGGGCGGUCUAGGCUGGGCGGGAGCACGCUCCGUAUCGAAUUGGACGCACAAGUUUGGCAACAUCAAGCACACGUUCGAAACGGGCGUGGCUGCGACGGCCACAAAGGGUAAACCACCGCAGCCGCCUACAUCACUGCAGCACCAUCAAAGGGAACGGGAGCGUGAGCUGCAGCGGGAGCAACAGCAUCGGGAGUUGCAACAUCGGGAGCUCCAAUUCAGGGAGCAACAACAACGGGAGUUACAGCUCAGGGAACAGCAACACCGGGAACAACAGCUCAGGGAGCAACAACACCGUGAGCAACAACACCGAGAGCAACAACACCGAGAGCAACAACAGCGGGAGCAACAGUUGUUGCGGGAGCGUGAACUCGACCGCGAGCAGCAGCAACAACUGCAGCUGCAACAUCAACAGCAGCAGGCGCUGCUCGAGCGUCAGCGCCGUCAGGAGUUGGAGCGUCAGCUGCGUCUCGAGCAGGAGGCGCGCUACGAACGCGAACAGCGUGCUCGAGUCGAACGCGAGUAUUACGAGCAGCAGCUGGAGCGACAACAGCUGGAGAGGCAGCAGCAGCUGGAGCGUCAACGUCAGCAGCAGGAGCAACUGGAGCGUCAGCGACGCCAGGAAAUGGAGCUGCGCAUGCAACAGCAGCGGGAGCGAGACAGACAGAUAGAACGCGAACGCGAACGGGAGCGUGAACGAGAACAGACAGCUGCUGCAAAUGCGGCUGCAGCUGCGGCUGCGUCCGCUGCACCGCUCAAUCAGUUCAUACACGCACCGCAGUCGGUGUUUCGACCCAUCGAACAGGGUCAGCCGCCGGCGCCCAACAUUUACAAGCCCAUACCGCAAAAGUCGCAGCCGGGAACGCGCAACAAGAUGCAGUCCACCGCAUCGGCGCCAACAACGCCGCAGCAGCAACAGCCUCUGCAACAGCAUCUGCAGCCGCGUCCCAGCUACAGCAACACACCGUCGCCCGCUUCGACGGCGGCCACAUCGCCAAUUGGUUUGCCCUGGGUGGCUAAACCGCGAGUGGAUAACAGUGAUUUUAAGCGCAAGGCGCAUCACUUUGAAGAGCGUUCGCUGCGCGACAAUCUAGAGCAACAGCAGCAGCAGCAACAGCAGCAGCAACACAUCCCCUAUGGCGCCCAAGUGCAACGCCACAAUUCGUUGCGCUCGAAGGCGCCGCCGUUGAGCUUCAGCGAGUUCAAGAAGCGUCCAUCGCUGCCCAACGCGAUGGAUCCCGAGCUGCAAUUGUAUGCGCAACCAGCACCACCUCAAAUGCCGCAGCAAUCGCAACACCAACAGCCACCGCCGCCAACAAAUAUCUCCUUUACAUAUGCGGACUAUGCACCGUCCAGUGUGCGCCGUGGAGCCACCAAUUUAAGCAAUUACCGCAGCCAGCCUUGUCUGAGCAGCGGCGUCUUGGAGCCACUCACAAAUCCACAUGCUGCCCCACUUGUGCUAACCAAUGCGAAUCCAACGUACUUGCCACCACCAUCCACACAAUCAUCGCGCCACUUUGACUUUGUCAGUCCCGUCGAUAGUCCGACGAGCUGUUUGACCGCACCCCUGAUGACCGACAACACGGACGAUGAUCUCGAUCUGGAUUCGGAUCACAAUAAUAUGCACGAGUAUCGUGCGGAGAUCAAGGUGAUGCGUAAGCCACGCAGUCAAACGGCUGUCACAGUCGCCGGACGUCGCACGGCACACGUGAGCGACGAUGAGGUCUUCGGGCGAAACUCCCGGGCGGCCAAAUCGCUACUCUAUACUAUGAAGCAGUUGGGCGGCAAUGGUCAAGGCAAUGGCAGCCCUAGUGCAGCUGCAGCUCCGGUUGCCCCUAACAAGCCAACACUGAGACCUCAAGUCUCAACUCAACCGCUCACAGCGCCCAGUUCGCCGAGCAAACCGGGCUGCCUAUCGCCCGAUGGACGUCUGUAUCAAGCACCGCUUGUGGAGCCACUCUUUCCGCAGCUCAGCAAUUUCGAGGCCAAACGCCAGCCGCAGUAUCAAAGCCAACAGCUGCAAGCAACUCCAACGAUUCAAACGCAAACACAAUCGCAGCCCAGCUAUGCAAGUGAAACACAAACAAGUUAUGUGGUAACUUAUCCGCUGGAGGAUUCGGCCGAUGAGCAGGAAUCAAGCAUGAGUUUGCACCGUGUACGUCGCAACUCGGAACAUUCGAAUGCCAGCUCCAGUCUGAGCAUGACCAGCUGGACAGCGAAUCCGAUGCAUGUACAGACGGCGCCAUUGCCGCCACCCGUGGAUCGCAGCAACAAACCGCAGUUGGCACCCAAGCCGGCGACCCAACAAACUCCUGUUGCUCCCAGAACUGCGCCAGCUCCCGCACCUGCAGCUGUGCCACAGCAAUAUUCGCAGCCUCAGGCACAGCAGCAACCGCCUCGUCCUAGACUAAGUACACGCAGUCACACCAUCAGUGAGACCAACUACGAUCCCAAUCCCAAGCCAUUGCAGCGUCCCAUUCACAUGGAGAGCACACUGCAACAGCGUGUAAUGUCGCAGCAAACGCUGACCACCAACAAUCGACAGCAGGUGCAGCAGACGCAACAAUUGCAACAACAGGAGCAGCUGCGUCGCAAGAGUCUCGGCAAUGUGCUGGAGCAAAGGGAGAAGCUCUACUACGAACAGGAAUACAAAUCGUCGGCACCCGCGGAUACGCCGGACAUUGUGAAAUCCUCGCUACCCAAGGAGCAGGCACCGCUGCUGAAGAAGUUCGGACCACCGCAAAGGCAUCAUUACGUGCCGAAUGCGUAUCAAAGUCCUCAAGUGGGCAGCAAGCAAACAAUCAAUCACAGCAGUCACAGCAGCAGCACAACCACCACCAGCAUUACAGUACAGCAACAACAGCAACAUCAGCAGCAUAAACCCAUGAUUGUGGAGACGCCAGCGACGCCACAACCGCAGGCAAAUCCCGCUGAUGCCGCUCCCGAGGAUCAAAUCCCACGCAACAUUGUCUUCAACAAUGUGCACGCCUUCAGCUCGAUGAGUCGUCGCAAUCACGACGACGACUUCCUGCAACAGCAGCCAACGCACAACGGCGGCUCACGUCUCAAUCGGCUGAGUAAAUGUGAUUCAUGGACACAGAUCUGCAAUCAACAGCAACCGCAAACGAAUGGAUACAAUCAACCAUCGUUGGCCACAUCGCCGGGUGAACUGCGACGCACGAAAUCGGGACAUUCGUUGGCUGUUCCCAAACUGUAUGAGGCGGGCAUUGACAAGUCGCAAGUGGGUCAAAAGCAACGCACCGUUGCCGCCUAUUUCUCGGGACAAAAGUCACCAACGGGCAACGAUGAAUUGCUCCGCAGCACCACAACAACAACAACGACAUCGACAACGCAACGAAAAUCGGCGAUAAAUCGCACCAAGACAAGUGAAAAGCUGUCGACAGCACGCAAAUCGUUGAGCUCGCUAAACUCGCAAUCGAAUGGUAAUGUUGCGGCAGCGAGUCUAUAUCGUGUGGGUGGUUUGGGUGGCGUGUCGGGUGCCACAGCUGGUGGUGUUGGAAUUGGUGGCGGUGGCGGCUUGAGUCGCAGUGCAACAAUGCCGCAUAUUGCGCAUCUCAAUCUGUUGGACGAGAGCAAUGUGGAGGAUGCGUUCGAGCAGCUGAUGCUGGGCGCAUAAAUUGUUAUCGAUAACGGAUAACGGGUUAUCGAUCAGCCAAACAGCAGCAGCAUUCCAGUUUGAGCCGCCCAGCGAGACGCAACUGGACCCACCAAACAAACAA